AUGGCAGAACCGACCAAGAUCUCGAUUUUAGGGCGGGAGAGCAUCGUUGCGGAAUAUGGCAUCUGGGGAACAUACAUUGUCCAAGACCUGUUGACCAAUCUUCCCUCGACUACAUAUGUCCUCGUCACGGAUACCAAUCUCGGCUCUAUAUAUCGUGAAAAGUUCGCAAAAGUCUUCAAUGAAGCCGCUGCGGCAUUGUCGCCGGCUCCUCGUCUCCUCACCAAAGAAAUCCCCCCCGGAGAAAACUCCAAGUCCCGCCAAGGAAAAGCCGAUAUCGAGGAUUGGAUGCUUCAACAGACAUGUGGUCGAGACACUGUUAUUAUUGCUUUGGGCGGUGGUGUGAUUGGAGAUUUGCUCGGUUUCGUCGCCUCAACCUACAUGCGGGGUAUCAGAUUCGUCCAGGUUCCUACGACCUUGUUGGCGAUGGUUGACUCUUCUAUCGGAGGAAAGACUGCGAUUGACACUCCUUUGGGCAAGAACCUGAUUGGCGCGAUCUGGCAACCUCAUCGAAUCUACAUUGACAUUGACUUUAUCGACACCCUUCCCGAAAGAGAAUUCAUCAACGGUAUGGCAGAAGUCAUCAAAACUGCAGCGAUUUCUGACGAAAAGGAGUUUGCCGCUUUGGAGCAGCAUGCCGAUGCAAUUUUGAAAGCUGCUCGUAGCAAGGCUGGAAAGGGACGGUUCGAUUCGGUGCGACAAGUCUUGAAGGAUCGCAUUGUCGCCUCAGCACGACACAAGGCGUAUGUGGUGACCGCAGACGAGCGAGAAGGCGGAUUGCGCAAUCUCCUCAAUUUGGGUCAUUCGAUUGGGCAUGCGAUCGAAGCAAUUCUGUCACCUCAAGUCCUCCAUGGUGAAUGCGUUGCUAUCGGUAUGGUCAAGGAGUUGGAACUCGCACGAUACCUCGGAAUCCUUAAGCCUAUCGCCGUUUCCCGAAUGGUCAAAUGCCUUUCUAAAUAUGGUCUGCCUACAUCUCUGAAAGACGCGCGCGUGAGGAAACACACUGCUGGCAAGCACUGCUCUUUGGAGCAGCUGAUGGCCAACAUGGCCUUGGAUAAGAAGAACGACGGUCCCAAGAAAAAGGUUGUCCUGCUAUCAGCCAUCGGAAAAACCUACGAGCCAAAGGCCAGUGUCGUUUCGAACGAAGACAUCAGGGUUGUCCUCGCACCCAGCAUUGAAGUAAUCCCCGGUGUGCCCAAAAACCUUAAUGUCGUUUGUGCCCCUCCCGGCUCAAAGAGUAUCUCCAACAGAGCUCUUGUCCUUGCAGCUCUCGGUUCGGGAACAGUUCGAGUCAAGAACUUACUUCACUCGGACGACACAGAGGUCAUGCUUAACGCUCUAGAGCGCCUUGGUGCCGCGACUUUUGCCUGGGAAGAUGAAGGAGAGGUGCUCGUUGUGAAUGGCAACGGUGGCAAGAUGCAGGCCAGUCCUACAGAGUUAUACUUGGGUAACGCCGGUACAGCCUCGAGAUUCCUUACAUCGGUUGCAACGCUCUCCGGUAAAGGAUCUGUUGAUUACAACAUUCUCACCGGAAACAACCGUAUGAAGCAGAGACCUAUUGGUGACUUGGUCGAUGCUCUUACUGUCAAUGGUGCUCAAGUUGAGUACUUGGAGAAGGCUGGCAGUUUGCCAUUGAAGAUUGCUGCGUCGGGUGGAUUCAAAGGUGGUCGUAUUAACCUCGCUGCCAAGGUUUCAUCCCAAUAUGUUUCUUCACUUUUGAUGUGCGCGCCUUACGCGAAGGAGCCGGUCACCCUGAAACUAGUUGGAGGCAAGCCAAUUUCCCUGUCCUACAUUGAAAUGACCACGGCUAUGAUGCGAUCGUUUGGAAUUGAUGUGCAGAAGUCAACAACCGAGGAAUGGACCUACCACAUCCCACAAGGCUCUUACACCAACCCCCCAGAAUACGUUAUUGAAAGUGAUGCUAGUUCUGCAACCUACCCUCUGGCAAUUGCUGCGGUCACCGGCACAACCUGCACUGUCCCCAACAUUGGUUCAGCUAGUUUACAAGGUGAUGCCCGCUUUGCCGUGGAGGUAUUGAGACCGAUGGGAUGCAAUGUCGAGCAGACUGCUACUUCUACUACAGUCACAGGUCCAGCAGAUGGCGUUUUGCGCCCGCUGCCAAAUGUUGAUAUGGAACCAAUGACAGAUGCGUUCUUGGGUGCUUCCGUUCUUGCUGCAAUUGCACAAGGCAAGGGAGGAAACAAUACAACCAGGAUUUAUGGUAUUGCCAAUCAGCGAGUCAAGGAAUGCAACCGUAUCGAGGCUAUGAGGGUUGAAUUGGCCAAAUUUGGCGUUGUAUGUCGCGAGCAUCCUGAUGGCCUUGAGAUUGAUGGUAUUAAUCGGUCUUCUCUUCGACAUCCCGCUGGCGGCGUUUUCUGCUAUGACGACCACCGUGUCGCAUUCAGCUUCAGCAUUUUGUCGCUAGUAGCUCCCACGUCUACGCUCAUUCUUGAAAAGGAAUGUGUCGGUAAGACAUGGCCAACAUACUGGGACGCUCUGAAACAGAAAUUCGGAGUGCAACUCGAAGGCAAGGAACUCGCUGAGAGUGAAGUUACGCAUGGAUCCGCUGAUCGAUCAAAUGCAUCCAUCAUCAUCAUCGGUAUGCGUGGAGCAGGAAAGACGACAACUGGUCGCUGGGCUGCAAAAGCACUCAACCGGAAAUUCAUUGAUCUGGAUGUUGAGCUGGAGCAGACUGAGGGCAAGACUAUUCCAGAUCUCAUCAAGGAACGUGGUUGGCAGGGAUUCCGCGAUGCUGAGCUUUCACUAUUCAAGCGUGCAUUGGCUGAGCGACCUACUGGUCAUGUUUUUGCCUGCGGUGGUGGUAUUGUUGAAAUUGCGGAAGCAAGAAAAAUCCUUGUUGACUACCACAAGAACAAGGGUAACGUUCUUUUGGUCAUGAGAGAUAUCAAAAAGGUCAUGGAAUUCUUGAACAUCGACAAGACCAGACCCGCUUAUAUUGAAGACAUGAUGAGUGUGUGGCUACGACGCCAGCCUUGGUAUCAGGAAUGCAGCAACGUUCAAUACUACAGCAGGCAUAGCAGCUCCCCAGAGCUUGCACUUGCCAUGGAUGACUUUGGGCGGUUCAUUCAGUUCGUAUCUGGCCAGACUGAUUAUCUGGCUGCCAUUAGAAAGAAACACCUUUCUUUCUUUGUGUCUCUUACUUUGCCAGAUUUGCGCGAGAGUGGUGAUUUACUUCGCACAGUUGCUUCUGGUUCAGAUGCUGUGGAGCUACGCGUUGAUUUACUCAAGGAUCCAUCAUCAGACAGCGUAAUUCCUUCAGCAGAGUAUGUGGCUGAGCAGAUCUCAUUCUACCGCAGUCGGGUUUCCCUUCCUAUUGUCUUCACGAUACGUACAGUCAGCCAGGGAGGUAAAUUCCCUGAUGACGCACACGAUGCUGCCUUGGAGUUGAUCAUGCUCGCUAUCCGCAGUGGAUGCGAGUUUAUCGAUCUUGAGAUUACAUUCCCAGAAGACCUGCUACGAAAAGUGACUGAAUCCAAGGCUCAUGCUAAGAUUAUUGCGUCUCAUCAUGACCCACGAGGAAAGUUGAAUUGGGCCAAUGGAUCCUGGAUUCAGUACUACAACAAAGCCCUACAGUACGGAGACAUUAUCAAGUUAGUGGGCGUGGCAGAAACCCUCAAGGACAACACAUCGCUGAAAGACUUCAAAGACUGGGCUGAACAGGCUCAUCCGGAUGUGCCUGUCAUCGCCAUCAACAUGGGUGACAAGGGACAACUCAGUCGCAUGCUCAACGGUUUUUUGACUCCUGUCAGCCACCCUGCUCUUCCAUUCAAGGCUGCACCCGGACAACUGUCAGCUGCCGAAAUCCGUAGAGGAUUGUCAAUUAUGGGUGAAAUCCCAGCCAAGAAAUUUGCGGUCCUCGGAAAACCUGUCUCAGCCUCCCGGUCACCUCCAAUGCACAACACGCUCUUCGAGCAGAAUGGAUUGCCGCAUGUAUACACCCGAUUGGAGACUGACAAAGCACAGGAUGUGAAGGAAUUCAUUCGCUCUCCCGAUUUCGGAGGUGCAUCAGUCACAAUCCCACUCAAGCUGGACAUCAUCCCACUCAUCGACGAGAUCCUGAACGAAGCCGAGAUCAUCGGUGCAGUCAACACCAUCAUCCCCGUCGAGGGCAAAGACGGCAGCACUCGCCUGGUUGGUCGCAACACCGACUGGUCUGGCAUUGUACGAUGUCUCCGCGAGGCCGGUGCACACAGCAACGAAGGCAAAUCCAGUGCUCUAGUGAUCGGCGGCGGAGGCACUGCCCGCGCCGCAAUCUACGCUCUGCAUCACAUGGGCUUUUCAACCAUUUACGUCCUCGGCCGUUCACCUGAAAAGAUUCAAAACAUGGCCUCUACCUUCCCGACAGGCUUCGACAUUCGCGUCCUAGAACAUGCCAAUGAUGUUGAAAGCAUCCCCCGUGUCGCAGUAGGCACCAUUCCGGGUGACAAGCCCAUUGAGUCAAAUAUACGCGAAAUCCUCUGCACCAUUUUCCAGCGCAGCGGUAGUGCCGGUGACGAAUCGGGUGUUCUGCUAGAAAUGGCAUACAAGCCAUCGGUGACUCCGUUGAUACAGUUGGCGUCUGAUUAUGGAUGGACUACCAUUCCAGGACUAGAAGCUCUUGUCGGGCAGGGAGUGUACCAGUUUGAGUACUGGACGGGGAUUACGCCGGUUUACGAGGUUGCCAGAAAUGCGGUCCUCGGUACGAAUGAGACCAAGUAA